AUGGCCGAGUCUAUGGCUUCCGAAGAAAGGCCGUCCGAGCCUGCCAUCGCUCAAUCGAUUUCGCGCGCACUAGAGCACCUCCGCCCGUUUCCUCCGAUCGACCCAGCCCACCGCGGGGUUGAGCAACCAUCUCACCUGACCAGCUCAACAGCACCGGCGCAGCAGAAUGGAUCGCAAGCACACAAUAGCAAUGGACUCACCAGCGCAGCGAUCCCUCCACUCGCCACUGUCAUCGAGCGCAUCCAUGCCCGCGUCCACGCUUUCCUGAACGAGUCCCACCCGGCCGACUCACUCCUCGCCUCGGUCCAGAAGCAAACACGAAUCUCCCUAGAUGUGGUCAUCAAGUCCCUCUCCGAAUACAAAUUAUCCGAAAUGUCGCUCUCCUAUAAUGGCGGCAAAGACUGCCUUGUUCUUCUGAUCCUCUUCCUGGCCGGUCUGCACCCGUACUCCGCGCACAAGCAUACAGACCACAAGACAAUCACCGAGACAAGCACCGGCCCCGCAAGAGAAGAAGUGAUUCCCUCCAUCUACGCUCUCCCCCCGGACCCGUUCCCCUCCGUUGAAGAAUUCGUCGUCUCCUCCGCCCAAGCAUAUCAUCUCUCCAUAACGAAAUACACAACUAGCCCUCCAAAGACUACAAUUCGCACCGUCUUUGAUGAUUAUCUCCAGCGACACCCGGAUAUCAAAGCGAUAUUCGUGGGAAUACGACGGACGGACCCGCAUGGAGCGAAGCUGACGCAUUUCGACCGGACAGAUCACGGGUGGCCUGAUUUCAUGCGCAUUCACCCGAUGAUCGAUUGGCACUAUGCGGAGAUCUGGGCGUUUAUCCGACAUUUGGAUCUUGAGUUCUGCGAUCUUUAUCGACAGGGCUAUACCAGUCUGGGAGGGACUUCGGAUACCAAGCCGAAUCCGAAACUAAGGAAGGAGGGCGGAAGUGAUGCGGAAUAUCUGCCGGCGUAUGAGCUGACGGAGGAUGUGGAGGAGAGACUUGGUCGGUAUUGA